AUGAAAAAAGGAUGGCCUGAAGGUUGUAGAAGGAUAAUUAGCCUUGAUGGUUGUUUUCUGAAAGGCAUUUGUAAGGGUCAACUUCUUGUAGCAGUAUCAAAGGAUGAAAAUAAUCAGAUGUUUCCUAUAGCUUGGGCCAUUGUAGAGGUUGAGAACAUUUUCACUUGGACAUGGUUUCUGAAGUGUGUGACUCAUGACUUAGAGCUUCAAGAUGGAAAUGAUCUUACUAUCAUGUCUGAUAUGCAAAAGGGAUUGCUUAAAGCUGUAUCAGAAGUGUUGCCUGAAAGUGAACAUGGGUGGUGUGCCAGACAUAUAUUAGCAAACUGGUCCAAAGAUUGGAAAGGAUUAGAGAGGAGAAACAACUUCUGGAGGUGUGCUAGAGCAUCAUGUGUGGCAGAACUGAAUUUUCACCUGGACAAUUUGAAUAUGUUUGGGAAUGGGAUAUGUGAGAGCCUCUUGAGGUAUAACAAGGAAACCUGGUGCAGAGCAUACUUCAACUGUGACAGGAAAUAUGAUAUAAUUGAUAACAAUAUGUGCAAGACAUUUAAUGCUUGGAUACUUGCUGCUCGGCACAAGACAAUUAUCACAAUAUUGGAGGAAAUUAGAGUGAAGAUGAUGGAGAGAAUAGGAAAGUUGAGGGAGUUUGCAGAUACAUGGAUAUGUGAUAUAUCCCCAAUUGCUAUGAAGGUGUAUCAGGAUAACAUGACCCAAUCUAUGAGGUGUACAAUCAAGUGGAAUGGUGAAUAUAGCUAUGAGGUUGAGGAUACAUCAUUAAGAGUGGUUAAUUUGGAACUGCUAUUUAGGUUUGCUAUUAUUGUUGUUAUUUUGUUAAGGCAGCCUGCUGUUAUUUUAGUAUGUUGUAAAACUGGGCAGCGUAUAUUUUUAUUAAGGCAGGCUGCUGCUAUUAGGUGA